AUGGCCACAGAAAAUGAGAAGGGUACUACGAGAAAGUCUGAACGCCGAAGCCGUCGUUCGCGACAACAACAUGGUCUUCCCACACCUGAUGGCACUCCGGCGCCUGAAACUGGUAGAAUCAUGGCGGAGAAAGAGCGCGAAGAGCGCGAAGAGCGCGAGUCAACCCGUGUUGGCACAUUAUCUGCAAUCAUUGAAACUCCACAUGAAGUUCUCUUGGCUGCCCCAUCUGGGGCUCCUGUCGAUAAUGGAACACAGAAUCACCAAGCUGCGGACGAGACCGCUCUUGUGCCGACGGAAGAACAAAUCUCACUUGUGCAACAUGUGGAGAACUGCGAUCCGCAGGAUUACCAAAAGAUGUUUGGAUUCAAACCGACGGGGAAUGUUCGAAAAGACAAGGAAAAUAUGGUGAAUUUAUUCCGCCGUCAGGGGUCUCGACUCCAUCCCGAUUUCAAUAAGGCUAAAGGUGCUGACCAAGCAUUUGAGAGUGAGUUUGGCCAGAUGAGCGAUACAUAUAUCACUGAUUUGCUUCUAGUCGCAUGUCGGACAGCUGAAGAGCACGAUGUUCCUGACGAUGAAAUUGACGAAGUAAGGACAUGGGAUGGCGAGGAACUUCCCGAACUCCGUCUGAGCGACGAUGGUAAGUGGACAGAGAAAGCUGAUGCCACGGACGGUGUGGAAAUCCCGGAGCCUACUGAAGACAGAGUCCUUUAUGCAGCUCUCAACAUGAAGGGGCCGGCGUUCCAUUGGUUCGAACCAAUCGUGAUGGACCAUUUGACCUCACCGGAGGCCCUGAAGGAUGACGAAACCAAGGAAAUCUUCGCCAGUUUCAACGUCUUCGUGCAGAAGUUGAAGCAAAUCUUCGGGACUCCAGGGGAAGAACAGGCCGCGUCACAACGUAUUCACCACCUCAAGCAGACCGGGUCUGCUGCCAACUACUACGCUCUCUUCAAGAGGCUGGAAGCAAAAUUGGACUGGGAAGACAACGCGUACGCCGCCGCAUACUACAAUGGUCUCAUUGAGAUCGACAACUGGCUCUACGAACGAAGGCUCGAAAAGAAAGGAUACCGAGGAAGAACUGGCGGCCCAUUCAACGGAAACAAGGGCAGCAGUCGAUCUUACGGGGAUCCGAUGGACCUUGACGCAAUGGAGCGAGGCCGGUCCUCACGACCGAAGGGCAAGUUCCAGCGCAAGGGGCCAUCCAACAAGGAGCGAGAGCGACGAAAGAAAGAAAACCUGUGCUACAACUGUGGUAAAUCCGGACAUCGGGCUAAAGAAUGUGGUACAAAGCCCUUGGGACUGCACAUGAUGCAAGCGAGAACCGGUGCAGGAGAAAAAAAGGCCGACACUCCUGCGAAGAUAUGGAUGAAACGUUUCGGGGAGGGAGUUGCAGAAAUGAGUGCCAUGGUUCAGACCCGAAAAGCUGAAUUCCAGGCAGCUCUUGAGUCCUCCGACGAAGAACCCGAGCAAGCUAGCAACGUUUCAAAAGCACAGAAGGGGAUGCCCGAAGGGACCCAGACGGAGGGAGCGACUCCGGGACCACCUCCAAGAACGGACGGUGAAGAGGUUGCCGCGAUCGCAGGGACCUUUCCUAGCUCACGGGAGCAGGAUAAAGAAGCCGAAGAGACAACAGAUAAACAUUCGUUCAUGUCUUGGUGUUUCCGUUACGAGGACGGAUGCGCCAUCCACCACCCUAACACCGGGGACUCAGGAUGGUUUCCUUCAAGGAACAAAGACAAAAGUCCGCGGAAACCACGUGAGAGACAGAUCGCCAACUGGGAUGAAGAAGAUAUCAUCGACCACAUGGGAGAAAACAAGUACCUUCUAGGAAUUAUGCGCAUCGGAUACGGAGUUGCAGAAGUUGAGACGAAGUACUGGUCCAAGGACAGCGAGGGUCGAACGAUCUUCGAUCCUGACUGUAAGGACGCUCCACGACAGGGACCCAAGGUUGUGGUUCUGGAGAGAUGUUUCGGGUGUUGGGACAGCAAGACACAUACUCACGACUCGGGCGGGAGACGUUAUGACUUCCCGUUCGAAGACAAGGACGAGCUCCUCGUCGACGAGUUUGACCUUGACAUCGCGGAACUCUACCGGAUCACGCACAAGGACCACCAGGCGGUUAUGGCCACAACAAGCUAUUGGAUACAGGUUGACGGGAAACCCAUGUUUCGCCCGUUCAGCGCAAAAAGAGUGGAGCUCCGUACGGUACAAAUGAGAAUCUGCAACGACCAUGAAUGCGAAGACGAAGGAGAAGGAAAACAUACCCACGACAUUUGGGGGAACACACAGCUACAUGUGUUCCUAGACGAAGACGAGGACGAUGACAUGCCCAGCAGCGGCAAGAACGACGAAGGGUGUACGAGUGCCACACCCAGAGAGACAGCUGCAUACCGACACGCGAACAAAUAUCGAGUAGUAUCGAACCAUUGCAACAUUGCGGUACUAGAAACACAGUACUGGGCAACACGGCCAUGUGAGAGCUGGUGCUUGCCAGGUUGCAAAGGAGAUCACAAGCGGUUCAACCCUUUUGGAGACCCAGAAAAGAAAACGGAAAUGGUUCCCAUUAUCGCGUGCGACGACUGGGCUUGCCAUGACUGGCCCCACUCGCACGACGUACUAGGGUUGGACGAAUUCGUUCCCAUUCGAAGGAAAGAUGAGGAAGCAGUGUCUGGAGGAAACAGAAAAAGACGCCGUGUUGUUCCAUGGUUACAGUCACGCGGCUAUCCUUACGAGACACUGGUCCUACUACGAAGAACCUAUCCAGGGAACGCCUCGCGUCAACAACGGAUUCCGUCUGGACCCAGGCGUUACCCAGACUGA